UUGCACAUAUUAACCAUACUAGAUAACACAGUACUACACAUGGCCACUUACGCCAAGAAAAUUCCAUUGGUACUAAGACUUCUGGAUGAAUUGCCUUGCCGCCAUUUCGAUAAACUGACUCGCCAAAACUAACUCGGAGACACUAUCCUCCACAUGACAGCCAUUUCAGAAAAAUCAGACAGCGUGGCAAGAAAAUUGUUGGAGAAAACUCCCGGAUUGUUAUGCAUGCGCAACAACCUUGAAGAGACAGCGUUGUUUCGGUCAGUCCGUUAUGGCAACAAGGAAAUGUUCCACAUUUUUGCCAGAAAAAUUUCACGUUACGAGGAAGAAAAUCAGAAACUCUUCCUACAGAGGACAGAUAAAACCACUAUUCUACACAUUGCCAUCCUUUCAAAGAACUUCGAACUGGCCUUAGAAAUUGCAGAAAAGUUCGAAAAAUUGGUUUAUGAACGAGAUGCAGAUGGAAUGACUGGCCUUCAGCUUCUAUCAUGCAACCCUGGAGCUUUUCAACGUGACGAUGAAUUGGGAUUCUUCAAUUCUGUCAACUUAUAUUGUAGUUCAACCAAACGAAAAGCAAUUGCAGAACGAAAGCAAAAAUAUGAAUCAGCUAAGAAGCUUGCCAAGUUCCUCAUAAAAAGAGAUACUUCAUGGGAGAUUACUUAUCAUAAAGCAGGCCCAAGUAAGCCUGUCCUCCACAAGUAUAGUGGUAAUUCUAAAAUAGAGAAGAAAGUUGCAGAAGGAAACCCAAUGAGUUUUCUUGGUCAAGAGGAAGGGGCAGCAAAAACUUCGGAAGGGGCAACAAAAUCUCCUUUGUUCUUUGCAACUAUUUCAGGUUGUGUACAGAUUGUUAAAGAAAUACUCGAUUUAUACCCCCAGGCAGUUGUGCAUAUUGAUGAUAAAGGGAGGAACAUAUUGCAUGUAGCAAUCAAGUACCGCCAAUUAGAUAUUUUUGAGCUUGUAAUGAAGAUGAAAUUGCCAAAGAAUUGGCUAGUAGGAAAGCUUGAUGAGGGAGGGAAUUCCAUGCUACAUACAGCUGGAAAAAGAAAUAAGGAUUAUGUGCCUGAGAAGAUGCAAGGCCCUGCACUUGAAUUACAAGAGGAGAUGCAUUGGUUUGAGCGUGUGAAGGAAGUUAUUCCACCCCAUUUCGUUGACCACCGCAACAAUCAAGGUCUCACGGCAGAGGCGCUAUUUAAUACAACAAACAAAGAGCUCCGACUGAAUGCCAAAGAAUGGAUAAAGCGGACUGCCGAAGGAUGUACCAUUGUGGCGGUUCUCAUUGCUACUGUUGCCUUCGCUGCAGCCUAUACAAUACCUGGAGGCUCAAAUGGUCAGACUGGUGUCCCAGUCCCCCUCAAUCAUCCUUUCUUUCUGGUUUUCACUGGGGGUGACAUACUAACAAUUUCAUCUGCUUUAACAUCAGUAGUUUUAUUUCUUGCAAUCACUGCAUCGCCAUUUCGAUUUGUGGACUUCAGCCAUUCUCUUACUAAUAAUUUAGCUAUCGGCUUAACUUUCUUGUUCGUCUCAGUCAGUAUGAUGAUGACAGCAUUUGCAGCAACAAUUACCCUCAUGAUUCACAAUGGGGAAGGGUGGACAAAAGUUAUCCUAUACACCACCUCUUUCAUUCCAGUUGGACUCUUUGCACUUUCAUAUUUCCCUCUCUGUCGAUCACUAUCAAAAACUUACAAGCACUUGCUCAAGAACGCAUGGGAGGUAGUUUCUCGUAGUCUUUAUUUUCCAGUGCUACCUAGGGAGAAUAAAGAGUCCAAUCGAACUUCAAAUUCCCUAAACCCUCAACGCACCUCGUCCGUUUGAGAGGACUAUAUAUGAUGUUAGGCUUUUGGAAUCACUUGUUGUCUAUUGGAAUUUCCUAUAUACGAAAGUGAAAUAACUUAAGAUACUAUAAUUCUCUUUUUGAUGGAUUGAACACUACCAAGAAACUAUGUAAUAAAUGUUUGUAUCU